AUGACAUCCUUUCUAUUAACUACUUUGGAUGUCAUUAAUUCUUGGACAUUAAGUAUGUGGUUAUCAAUAAUCGUCUGUGGUCUUAUAGUUGCCUAUAUACAUGAACAAUUUGUUUAUAUGUCUAAACGUGGUACCCUUCCUGGACCAAAAUUAACUGUUCCAUUCAUUGGUGGUAUUAUUCAUAUGAUUCUAGCACCCUAUGAUUUUUGGCAUGGUCAAAUGGAAUAUGGUAAAUUAAGUUGGAAUGCAAUUAUUGGCCGUUUUUUUGUCUUGAUAGCUGAUAGUGAAAAUAGUCGAAAAAUUUUUGAACAAUGCUCAUCUGAAAUGCCAUUAAUAUUACAUCCAAAUGCAACUCGUUUAUUAGGAAAUGAUAAUAUUGCAUUUAUGAAUGGUUCAAUUCAUAAAACACUACGUACAACAUUAUUACCUUUAUUUACAACAAAAGCUCUUUCAAUUUAUUUACAUUUACAAGAAAAAACUAUUCGAGAACAUAUGAUUAAAUGGUGUGAAAUAAGUAAAAAUUCGAAAAAUGGUAUAGAAAUGCGACCAUUAAUUUAUGAUUUAAAUAUAAAUACAAGUUUAUCAGUCUUUGUUGGUUCUUAUAUAACAGAUGAAAUUCGUGAACAAUUCAAAAAAGAUUAUAUAAAUUUAACUCGUGCAAUGUUUUCAUCACCUAUUUAUUUUCCAGGAACACAACUUUAUAAAGGUGUUCGUGCUGCUGAAUCUAUUCGUCGAUCUUUACAAUCUAUUGUUACUAAAAGUAAACAAAGAAUGUCUAUGGAAGGAGAAGAACCUACAUGUUUAAUAGAUUUUUGGAUAGUUUCAACACUUAAAGCGAUAAAUGACGCUCAAAAAAAUAAUCAACCUAGACCUCUACAUAGUACUGAUGAAGAAAUAGCUAAAAUUGCAUUAGAUUUUAUAUUUGCUGCACAAGAUGCAUCAACUAGUUCAUUAACAUUUGCUAUUCAUGAACUUUGUAAACAUCCUGAUAUAUUUGAGAAAGUUCGUCAGGAACAAAAAAUUCUUCGUUCUGAUCCAUUAGUUCCAAUUACACCUGAAUUAUUAAUACAAAUGAAAUAUACAUGGCAAGUAAUGAAAGAACUUUUACGAUUACAAGAUUAUACAGCACCAACUGGAACUAUUGUUAUUCCAAGUAUUUGGAGUUCAAAUCGUGUAGGUUUUUCUGAUCCUGAAAAAUUUGAUCCCGAACGAUUUAAUUCUGAAAGAAUGGAACAAACAAAAUUUGAUAGAAAUUUUUUAACAUUUGGUACUGGACCACAUUCAUGUCUUGGACAACGUUAUGCUAUGAAUCAUAUUAUGUUAUUUAUAUCUCUUUUAAUAGAUAUGGAUUUUGAACGUGCUAAUCGGCCUAAUAAAGAUAAAAUUAUGUAUCUACCAACAAUUUAUCCGGCUGAUGGAUGUGUACUUAAUUAUAUGAAACAUCAUCAAUAA